AUGGGGAGAGCGGAUGGGCUGAGGCCUCAGAGUUCUGUCGUGAGGGAAAUGGCGGCGGUUGGGCCUGCGGAGGCUCCGAGCGCUGUGUCGCGGCCUACGCGGACACACAACAUCGUUCCUCGACUGCAGCAUGGACGCUACACGGGCCAUGGGCCCACCAGGGUAUCACAGAUUCCAGAUUCUCUGCUCAGAGAGAGGGACAAAAUUGCAAAAUGGAAUGGCAUUCCACAUCUAGUGCAGAAAUUGUAUGAAAACAGCCAACCUAACAAUGAUGGCCUCUUGCUGUGCCAAGGGAUCUUAAAGGAUAUUGCUCCACUUCUCUCAAUGGAAGCAAUGGCAUUUGUGACGGAGGAUGGAAAAGGUGCCCAAGAAUCCAAAUUUCCCAACACCCACAUUUUUGAUCUUUUUGGUGGAGUAGAUCUUUUAGUUGAAAUCCUCAUGCGGCCAACACUUGCACCACAGAAAAAGAAACAGAAAAUGAGUGAAGACUUGAUAAAGGAUUGCCUAAGUAUAUUAUACAACACCUGUAUCUGUACUGAUGGAGUGACUAAACGUCUCUCAGAACGGAAUGAGUUUGUGCUGUUUCUCUUCACGCUCAUGACAAAUAAGAAGACAUUUUUGCAAACGGCUACGCUAAUAGAAGAUAUCCUUGGAGUUAAAAAGGAGAUGAUCCAGUUACAGGAUAUUCCAAACCUUACAAACCUGGUCGCUAGUUUUGACCAGCAACAACUUGCUAAUUUCUGUCGGAUUCUUUCGGUGACAAUCUCAGAACUGGACACAGGAAAUGAUGACAAACACACACUGCUUGCCAAAAAUGCACAACAGAAGAAAGCUGUAGGACCUUCACGAGCAGAAAACAACCAAGUUACCCUUUUAAAUAUUCCUGGAUUCAUUGAACGUUUGUGUAAACUGGCCACGCGCAAGGUCUCUGAGACAGCUGGCUCAAACUUGCAGGAGCUAGAAGAAUGGUAUACAUGGCUCGACAACGCAUUGGUUUUUGAUGCCUUAAUGCACAUGGCAACUGAAGAAGCUGACCAAAGCAGUAGCACAGAGUCUGCAGAUGAGAGUGUGUUGGCUGCCAGCCAGCUCAGGAGCCGGCUUCCUCAGUCCAUGAAGAUCAUGCAUGAGAUCAUGUACAAAGUGGAAGUGUUGUAUGUGUUAUGUGUACUGCUGAUGGGAAGGCAGCGAAACCAGGUUCACAAAAUGUUGGCAGAAUUUCGACUUAUUCCUGGACUUAAUAAUCUGUUUGAUAAACUAAUAUGGAGGAAACAUUCUACUAAUCACGUCCUGCACGGGCAAAACCAAACCUGUGACUGCAGCCCAGAAAUUUCCCUGAAAAUCCAAUUCCUAAGGUUGCUGCAGAGUUUCAGUGAUCAUCAUGAGAAUAAGUACCUUUUAUUGAACAGUCAAGAGCUGAAUGAACUAAGUGUAAUCUCGCUCAAAGCCAAUAUACCAGAGGUGGAAGCAGUUAUUAACACUGAUAGAAGUCUGAUCUGUGAUGGAAAGAAAGGACUUCUAACGAGGUUAUUACAGGUUAUGAAAAAAGAACCUGUUGAAUCCUCCUUCAGAUUCUGGCAGGCAAGAGCAGUUGAGAGCUUUCUGCGAGGAGUGACUUCUUAUGCAGAUCAGAUGUUCCUUUUGAAACGCGGUCUGCUGGAGCACAUUUUGUUCUGCAUUAUUGACAGCGAAUGCAAAUCAAGGGAUGUGUUGCAGAGUUACUUUGAUCUUUUGGGCGAGCUGAUGAAAUUCAACAUUGAUGCCUUCAGGAGGUUUAAUAAAUAUGUAAACACAGAGGAGAAGUUUCAGAUUUUUUUGAAACAAAUCAACAGUUCUUUAGUGGAUUCUAAUAUGUUGGUUCGCUGCAUAGUGUUGUCCUUGGACCGAUUUGAGAGCCAAACAGAUGCUGUAAAAGUUGCAGAAGUGAUUUCCCAGUGCUGCCUGUUGUCCUACAUGUCCCACGUUGAAAACCGCCUCUCUUUUCUUUUCCGUCUAAUUAACAUUAUUCAAGUCCAGACCCUCACGCAGGAAAAUGUCAGCUGUCUGAACACCAGCCUGGUGAUCCUGAUGCUAGCAAGGCGCAAGGGCAAACUGCCAUUUUACCUGAAUGCCCUGCGAGAAAAAGAGCUUUCUGAGAAAUAUCCAGGAUUCCUUCUCAACAAUUUCCAUAGCCUGCUCCGCUUUUGGCAAGAACAUUACCUCAACAAAGAUAAGGACAGUACCUGUCUGGAAAAUAGUUCCUGCAUUAAUUUCAGUUACUGGAAAGAGACAGUAUCACUGCUGCUUUGCCCAGAUCAGACAGCCCCUUGUGCAAUCAUUAGCUACAUCGAUGAAGCGUACAUGAGCAUCGAUAAAGACUUCAGUGAAGACUAAUGUUCACCCUUUAGACCAACUGGACUAUUGCUUUGUACAACUGCAGAUUCGACUCAAAACCAUGGAAUUCAGGUCGCGGUGACUGGUGUCUAUCCACAGCCAGACUGGGAGUUGAGCAAGAGCUGAUUGGUGAUUAGUGCAAAUGCUUUUAUUUUAACCAUGGACAAAUGCCUUUUGUCUUUGAUUACUAUCCUCCGGCUUCUGACCGCAUAUAUUAUUGGCCGGGGGUUUGUGGGAGGGUGAGAAAUGGAUACGAGUCAAAGUUGCCUGCAGACGGUACUACCUGGGGUCAACCUAUAACGGAGGAAGCAUUUUUAUCAUCGUAUUUUUUAAAUGUCACAUGUUGAUUUGGUAUUUUUAAACCCCUAUGUGUUUGUCACUUGGCAUCUUCCUGGUUGUGUUGUGAUGCAGGUGGCCAACAGAACAAUGUUCAGUGUGAGAGUUCAUUCACAGUAAUAUUUUAACUAAUUUGUUAAAGGUGAGUGGCUGUUAGUAGAAUUUGAAUGACUUGUUUCUCCUCAAGUGUUUGAAUCUGCUUGAAUCUUACAUGUGCAGCUUAUUGAUCCUCAUAGUUUAUAAUAUAUAUGGUGUACUCAUUCCACCUGCAUUUUGGCAUAGUCUAUUGAAUGCCCUUGUAAAGGAGCUAGUUUAAUUUCCUACAAGUCACAUGCACAAAAUCUUUAUAAUUUUAAUAUCAUCUUUUUUUUGUCUUUUAAAAAGGUGGUGAUUCCUUACUGGCUUCAGUUCUAGGGGUGCUGGUCACCCUUCAGUACGUUGCCUGUACUUGAAAUUUCAAAAUGAAUUUCAGCAGUCAAUUGAAUUUUUCAGAAGUGGACAUCAAAGUCCAACCAAAUUCUGCUAUUGAACUUACAGCUAGAAGCAUUAAGUACUGAUCAGGACUCUAGCCCCUACUUCUCUUUUCUACCCAGAGUGCUAAGGUAACUCUGGCUGUAAUCGGCUGACUGGUAUUAAUGCAGCUGGGUAUUCCCGGUGUGUGGUUCAGCAAAUCACAGGUAAACUUCCUGAAUAACAGGAUGGUCGUCCAUUGGGUUUUAAUGGAAUGCUGAUUUGUGCAAACAUGCUAUGUAAACCCACUAGAUCAUUGAGCUGUCUGUAUGUUUAAAAUAAUGAUUAAUGGGCCUGAGUUACUGCAGUUUAUAAACUGGAGAAAUUACUGGGUUGAAAAGUUGACCUGUGACAUUGAACAAAAAAAUUCAUUGUCACAAUGAUUUCAGUCAAGUGUAUAAAGGUGCAAAUUGUUUAUUCUUUAUUCAUGCACUUUGGAAGAAUAGAUCUUUUUCCAAAUGUCUUGGGUCCGAGGGAUCUUUACAAAAAGUAAAUUCUGGUGAUUGCAGAUCUGUCAAUGGUGAUAGAGCUGUUCGAGUUGAUAAAUAAAGAGGACGCACAAUGCUUGUGUACUGGUUUGUCUGAUUAUCCCUUUUGCAUUGAUAUCAAUGCACCCAGUAAAUCUGAUUUAAAAGCCUUCAGUUGCUCUAGGUAGUCUCAUCUUUUUCCUGGGCUAAGCUUUUCUGAAAUGUUUUUCCAGUUAAUAAGCC